GUACUAAGACUGUGGGGAGAUUAAUGAGUGAAGGAAAAGAUGGAGUUGCAGAGAUCUUUGAGUCUGACACAGAGAGACCAAACUCACAUAGCAAUCACACACAUCUCCACAAACACAGCUUGAGAUGAUCAUGAAACACGUGCAUCCUCAGAUCUCUAUCAAUCCAGCUUGGUGAAAGAAGAAGAUCAAGAAUCAAAGAAAACGUCACCGUUUCAUUCGUGAGUAAAAAAAGUAUUCUCUACAAAUUAUUAUAGAUGGCUGCUUACUUCCACGGGAAUCCACCGGAGAUCUCAGCCGGAUCCGACGGUGGUCUACAAACGUUGAUCCUCAUGAAUCCAACUACUUACGUUCAAUACACCCAACAAGACGACGACUCGAACAACAACAACAAUAAUAACAACAACAGCAACAACAACAACACGAACACAAACAACAACAGUUUCGUUUUCCUCGAUUCCCACGCGCCGCAGCCUAACGCGAGUCAGCAGUUCGUCGGAAUCCCACUCUCUGGCCACGAAGCUGCUUCCAUUACAGCCGCCGACAACAUCUCCGUACUUCACGGUUACCCUCCGCGCGUGCAGUACAGUCUUUACGGUAGCCACCAAGUGGAUCCCACUCACCAGCAAGCCGCGUGUGAGACGCCACGCGCGCAGCAAGGCCUCUCUUUAACCCUCUCGUCUCAACAGCAGCAGCAACAUCAUCAACAACACCCGCCUAUCCACGUCGGGUUCGGGUCCGGACCGGGAGAGGACAUCAGGGUCGGGUCUGGCUCUGCAGGAUCGGGGGUAACAAACGGAAUAGCGAAUCUUGUAAGCUCCAAGUACUUGAAGGCAGCGCAAGAGCUUCUUGACGAAGUAGUCAACGCUGAUUCUGAUGACAUCAACGCUAAGUCCCAACUAUUCUCUUCCAAAAAGGGGAGUAGUGGAAACGAUAAGGCUGUCGGAGAAUCCUCUACCGGCGCUGGAGGAGAAGAUUCCGGUGGCGGAGGAGAAGCUGCCGGGAAACGUACAGUGGAGCUAGGCACGGCGGAGAGACAAGAAAUACAGAUGAAGAAAGCAAAGCUUAGUAACAUGCUUCAUGAGGUGGAGCAGAGAUAUCGACAGUACCACCAACAGAUGCAGAUGGUGAUCUCGUCGUUUGAGCAAGCGGCAGGGAUAGGGUCAGCGAAGUCAUACACGUCGCUUGCACUGAAGACCAUAUCAAGACAGUUCCGGUGCUUGAAAGAGGCGAUCGCUGGUCAGAUAAAAGCGGCUAACAAGAGUCUUGGGGAGGAAGAUUCGGUGUCUGGUGUUGGAAGGUUUGAAGGGUCGAGGCUCAAGUUCGUGGACCAUCACUUGAGACAGCAAAGAGCUCUUCAUCCUUCGUGCUUGGCUCUUCGAACACUUUCUUCACCCAUACCCUAA